ACGUGGAACCCGAUUUCGGUUUCAGUCGAGAGUCAACCUUCAGCAGCGCAACAGCGAGCUUUUUACUUACCCCCCCCAAAGUUUCGGUUUUGCCGUUUAUAACUCAUUUGUUUUUUUCACUUACGUUUUACGGUUUUUCGUUGGCACGCCCGCGCUAAUUAAUCCGAAGAUAUCCAGCAGUAAUCAGGCCAAAUGCCGUACAUUAUCAUACGGGGGAACUUAGCCUCCUACAGCCACAAAUAUCCAUGGCGAGUGCUCGUCUCCGGAUUGAAAGCUGACGACAUCGAGCAGUUGAACAAGUUCUCUUGCGGCGGCUACAGUGACGAGUCCACCAUCGUCUACCUAGUGCAUCCUUGUCGGAUUCUAUCGGCGCUAGAAAUCCUGGGAUUUCGCGUGGUGGCCAGCUCAUCGACGGCCGUGAAGCAGGACUACAACGAGUAUAUGUGGACGAUGCGCAAGGAGUUCGACGAACCGGAACCCCUUGAAGCUGAGUCCGUGGUGCGAGAGAACCUAUCGAAUAUUGGCCGCGAGGCAGCCAGUUUAGGCAACUAUCACAAGGUGGAUUCCCCUGAAUAA